AUGUUCGCCUUUUUAGCUGUUUCCGUUGUGUUGGCCGGCCUCUGCUCUGCCGCACCCUCGCCAGCCGCAUCGGUGCCGUUUAUCCAAAACGACCACAUCCGAGACGAUGCCGGUCAAUUCUCUCUGCUGUACAAGAGUGCCGACGGUAUCACCCAAGCGAAACAAGGAGCUCUGGUGGUGAACGACGAAGGCACCGGCUACGUCAUGGAACAGAAAGGAAGCUACUCGUUUAUCACUCCCGAGGGCGUCGAGGUGAAAAUGAACUACAGAGCCGGCAAGGAUGGUUUCCACGUUGAAGGAUUUCCUCUGCCAGCGUCUGUACCGGUUUCUGCUUAG